GGUCGCUGCGCGGUCCUCUCGUCGCCAUGGCGGCGCUGCUGCGCGGCUUUGGUUGGGUUGUCCCUCUCCCCGCAGAUCAGGCCCGGUUCCCUCACUCACAGUUUGAUCCGCUCUAUGUUCCGCACUUUGAUUCGAUCCUCUCCGUAAUCCAUUCUUUCUGAGUCCGAAAAAGGGUCUCGAACCGAAACGUCACCCAUUCCUUCACUCCAGAGACUAUGAUAAAGAUUGAUCUCGCAUUGCAUUGCAUGAAUGCAUAAACAUCCCCAAAGAGCACAACAUUCCUAUUAGAAGUCGUGAAUUACCACAAAGAAAUGUCAGCGUUCCUUCUCUCUCAUAUCAACUCCAAUUUACCUGUUAAGCAAUUGCAGUUUACUCUGAAAAUCGCAUUGGAUUUUGAUAGCCUGAAUCAAAGAUCGUAGACUAGAGCGGAUCUUUGGCCUGAAUAUCUGUUUCUGAAACGUAUGAAUACGUAUCCCAGCAUCCAUGUGAUGGGCCAACAAAGUCGAGGGGACUGGCCAACAGAGGGAGAGAGAGAUAGUGAGAGUAAGAGUGGCAGCUGCAAUAGAGCCAGAUGGAAAUUCAGUAAAUAAACCACCUGUUCAAUGACUCCAUGUUGACAGACUAGCAAGACACAAGGAAGAUUGAAACGGAAUCAACUAAGAUGGAAGCCCACUCUGAAAGUUUCAAGGAGGCCAGUGCAUUUGCAGAGGCAGGUGAAAGCAGCGAGUUCAAGACCAUUGAAGACAUUGCAUUCUACAGGCGUCAAAAAAGGUUAUUGCCAGGGAACUCUCCAUAUCAUGGCUUGCUGGAUACAAUUGAAUUAUCAGAUUGCAGAGCCAAACUGCAUCUCCUAAAUGAAGAGAAUAAGGUUACACUCUUUAUGGAGCUCUUUGUUCUACAGAAUAAUGUGAUCAGAAUAAAAGUGAACGAGUUGAAUCCAUUGAAGCCGAGAUAUGAAGUGCCUGAUGUUAUCAUUAAUGAGCUUCCCUCUCAAAGGUUAGGUACCUUGUACCACUUAUGAAGCCUGGUAGAUACUCUUCUUUUUUUCCACAACUGCUGCAACUUGUAAUAGAUGGUAGCUGAAUGUCAGUAGAAACAGGCGUUACAUGAGAAGAACAAAGGAAUGCAAGAAAAUAGCUGGAGUAUUUGGCCCUUUGAAUCGAAGCUGCCAUUCAAUAUGAUCAUGGCUGUCUGAUUAUGGUAUGUAGGGAUGGACUCUCUGUAACACUGGCCACGGUCGACGGAGGCACUCAGAUUCUAAUUGUCGCCAAGCCGUUUAGAAUGGAAGUUCGUGAACACGGCCAAAUGUCCAUGAGCGUGAAUUCUCUCGGUCUUUUAUACUUUGAACAUCUCCGCAAAAAGUCACAAUCCGAAGAUCGAAGUGAAAGAGGAAACAGCGUGGGAGGCAAGAGGAAAUGUGACACAAAUAAGGAGAGUGAAGAUGUUCAAGGAUUGUGGAAAGAGCAAUUUCAUGAGUUCAUAGACACCAAAGCCAAUGGCCCUACAUCUGUUGGAUUGGAUUUCUCGCUGCCUGGGUUUGAGCAUGUUUAUGGAAUUCCAGAACAUACGGACAGUCUACGGCUGAAAACCACAAGUCAAGAAGAACCAUACAGGCUCUAUAACUUGAAUGUUUUUGCUUGUAAGUUGAACAGCCGAAUGGGUAUUUAUGGUUCUAUACCUCUCCUCCUUGCACACAAAACAAAGAAAACUUUGGGGAUUUUUUGGCUAAAUAGUUCUGAAACUAUGGUGGAUAUCAGUACGAACACAGAGAAUAAGGGAGAAUCAGGCAGGGUAAAGAAGUUAAAGGAAGAUGAUGAUAGACCGUUGAGGACAGAUGUUCGCUGGAUGUCUGAGAGUGGGAUAAUCGAUGUAUAUAUUCUCCUGGGUCCCAGUGCUUUCGAUGUGUUCAACCAAUACUCAAGGCUUACAGGUACUCAGACACUUCCUCCACUCUUUGCACUGGGUCACCACCAGUGCCGCUACACUUACAAGGAUGAAAGUGACGUGAAGCAGGUGGACGCUGGCUUUGAUGCACACAACAUACCCUGUGAUGUUAUCUGGUUAGAUAUAGACCACACUGAAGGGAAACGCUACUUCACCUGGGACAAGACCAAAUUUCCCGCUCCUCGGGAAAUGCAGGAAUAUCUACGAACCAAAGAUCGGAAGCUGGUGGUUAUCAUUGACCCACACAUCAAAGUGGAUAAAAACUACUCUAUCUAUUGCGAAGCCAAUUCCAAGAAGUAUUUUGUGAUGGAUAAAGAUGGGGAGGAAUACCAAGGUUCUUGUUGGCCAGGUAUCUCAGCCUACUUAGAUUUCACAAACCCCGUAGUCCGCAACUGGUAUGCUGACAAGCAUGGAUUAGAUCAAUAUAAGGAUUCAACAGACAUUCUCUUUGUGUGGAAUGACAUGAAUGAGCCGGCUGUGUUCGGUGCACCGGAGCUGACCAUGCCUAAGGAUGCUGUACAUGCAGGUGGAUGGGAGCACAGAGAAAUGCACAAUCUCUAUGGUUUUUAUCAGCAAAGGGCAACGGCAGAAGGUCUGAUCCGUCGAUCUGGAGGAAAAGAAAGACCAUUUGUUUUGACUCGGUCCUUUUUUGCGGGAUCACAGAGAUAUGGAGCAGUAUGGACAGGAGACAAUGUAGCUGACUGGAGUUACCUUAAAAUCUCAAUCCCAAUGCUACUUAAUCUCAGUAUAACAGGCAUCUCAUUUUGUGGAGCGGAUGUAGGUGGGUUUGCACAGAACCCUGAUCCAGAGCUCCUUGUUCGUUGGUACCAGGCUGGUGCGUACCAGCCUUUCCUGAGGAACCAUUCCAACACAGAUACAAAGCGACGAGAACCUUGGUUGUUUGGAGAGGAAAAUACCAGAAUCAUCAGGGAAUCAAUUCAUGAGCGAUACACCUUGCUGCCGUUCUGGUAUACACUUUUCUACAUGGCUCACACCAAGGCAGAACCGGUAAUCAGGCCUUUAUGGGUGGAGUUCCCCGAGGAGACCAACACAUUUGCAAUUGAUGACGAGUAUUUGAUAGGAGAAGCCUUGCUGGUACAUCCGGUGACUGAAGCGGGGGUGACAGAAGUUAGCGUGCUGCUUCCUGGAAAAGGAGAGGUAUGGUAUCAUCUUGAAACAUUACAGCGGUUUAAUGGUGAUCAGAUUCUUCUCACAUCUGUAACUCUGGACAAUAUACCUGUUUACCAACGCGGUGGCACCAUCAUCCCCAGGAAGACAUCAGUGGGAAGGUCCACAAAGCAUAUGGAGACAACGUCCUAUUCCCUUCACGUUGCUCUGAGUUCUGAGAACACUGCCACAGGAAAGUUGUUCAUUGAUGAUGGACAUUCGUUCAACUAUCAGAGCAAGAACCAGUUCUUACUCCGGAAAUUCAGCGUCAAGGAUAACACAUUUUCAGCAGUGUGUGCUGAUGAGAGGGGAUGGUAUUGCACCGAGUGUCUGGUGGAAAAGAUCCACAUAGUGGGAGCUGGACAACCUUAUUGUGUGACAACACUGGGUCCAGAUAUGCAGGAGAUUCCAGUACAAUUCAACUACAAUCUGGAAAAAUGCCUAUUAAUCAUUGAAAACCUACAAUUUAAUGUAGGAUGUGACUGGACUCUGAGGCUUAAAUAUUGAGGGGUGGAUAUUCAGCCGCCUAAGUACACAUUUGAAACGUGGUGUUCACAUUCAGAUAUAUUUAAGGUCAUGUCAGGUUUUCUCGUUAUCUUCUGUUGAGUAUUCAUUUACUUUAUUAAAUCGGCAUAUUAUUUUGUUGUAAUAGAAAUAUUUAUAUAGAUAUGUAUAGGUAUAUUUUAGAAUGGGUCAACUCAAAUAUUUUAUUGCAUUCAUUUUUGGUAUCUGGACAUUUGUGGGAACGUCAGCAUGUCUUGCCCAAGUCUAAUUGCCCAUGAGAAAGUUGUGGUGUGCUACCUCCAUGAACAAUUAUAGUCCUGGUUGGGAAUCAAAUGGUCCUGGCAAUCAUCAAACUGACUGCGCAUCGAUGAGUAGGUUAUUAGUCAGUGAAUUUCCCUUGAUAGCAUUGUUUUUUUGUUUUUUUUAAUAUAUUUUUAUUAGAAGUAGACAUAUUAUAUAGUUACAUAUUAUAGUAAAAAGACUUUUCAUAUACAUCAGUCAUACAUUAUUAAAAUUUUCAAUUAUCAAUUACUUCUGCUUCUAGUGUUUUUAUUUUUUAUAGAAAGAGAGAGAAAGAGAGGGUAGAAAGUUACAAAUUAAAUAAAACAGAAAAACAGAGGAAGUGGAAUGGGUUACCUGUAAUACGUCAAUGGAGAUAGGUUCGUAGAUUAUAAAGUAUAGCUUUUCAUCUGAUCCUGAGUUCAAGUUUCAGUUGGGUCCUCGUGCUGUGCCAAUCUAUCCCUUCAGAUAGUUAAUGAAUGGAGCCCAGAUUUUAUCGAAAAUAUCUUGUUUGUCCAUUAAGACAAGUCUAAUUCUUUCUAAGUAUAGGGUCUCCGACAUUUCCGUAAUCCACAUAUUAAUUGUGGGGGUUGUAGGGCCUUUCCAAAAUUUUAAUAUUAAUUUUUUCCCGAUUAUUAUACUGUAGUCGAGGAAAUUUCUUUGGUUUGUUGUGAGUGUUAAACUUUGUUCUGAUAUUCCAAGUAUUAUUAAUUUUGUGUUUGGGUCCAGUUUUGUAUUAAUAACUUCUGAAGUUAUUUCAAAAAUAUCAGAAAUGUUUAAGUUUUAUACAGUUUGCAAACGUAUGUGUUAAAUUAGCCUCUAGAUGUAGACAUUUAUCACAAAUAGGAGAGAUUUGUGGGAAGAUUCUAUUUAAUUUUAUUUUAGAGUAGUGUAGUCUAUGUAAGACCUUGAAUUGUAUUAAAGUAUGUCUGGCAUUUAAUG